AUGGCGCCCCUUGUCUUUUUUUCAGCCAUAUUAGCCCUUGCCCUACCUCUGGCUGCAAGCCCCGUUUCAUCAGUCAGCUCGAACUCGUCUAAUACAUCAACAUGCACAACACCAAUCGUUCGCAAAGAAUGGCGACGUCUAAGUUCAUGCCAGAAAAAGUCUUACAUCAAAGCCGUCCAAUGUCUGAUGAACAAACCCCCAAUCACUUCGGUUGCCGAUGUGCCAAACGUUAAAACUCGGUACGAUGACUUUUUGGCAACUCACAUUGUGCAAGCCGACGAGUGUCACUUCACAGCCAUCUUUUAUCCUUAUCAUCGAUGGCUAUUGCACAACUACGAGCUUGCGCUUGCCGACUGCGGUUGGACUGAAGGUCAGCCAUAUUGGGAUUGGACUCUCGAUGCAGGAAGCCCAUAUGACUUUGUCAAUUCGCCCGUCUUUGAUGCCAAGACCGGCUUUGGUGGCAACGGGGCACUUGUCCCGGGAAACUUCAGCAAUCCCGAUCCGGACGUACUCCUGAUUAGUCCUCUCGAUCUACCCGAUCACAGUGGUGGCGGAUGCAUUGACGAUGGCCCUUUCGCCGGGCUUAGCACUUAUCUGGGCCCGUUCGCAAACGUCACUGGGACAAGUCCAUACUGCGUGAGACGAGACUUCUCCUACAAUGCACUCACAACAAACUCCGGAGCAGCCAGCGUCGCAACUCAGAUGGCAAGCCCCAAUUUUGGCACUUGGGAUUACAACACCGAGUUCUCUAUCCACCCGGGAGGCCAUUGGGCAAUUGGAGGUAUUUAUGGGACUAUGUCAGAUAAAUGGUCAUCCGUCGCGGACCCCCUUUUCUGGCUCCACCACAGCAACCUGGAUCGCGCUUGGUGGUCAUGGCAGACACGGGAUCUUGAAGCACGCGUGACCGAUUUUUCGGGACCAUUGAUUGCUUUCGACUAUUCCAAUGCUUUGGGUGGUAAUGCCACCCUCGAGACCGAGGUCUAUAUUGGACUGACGGAGAAGCUCUCGAUCACCGUCAAAGACGCGAUGCAUAUUCAGCAAGGGCCGUUCUGCUAUACCUACGACGAAAUCUACUAA